UAUGUUCUAUCUACACUCAUUUUUCAGCACUUCUGUCAUUAGUCUGACCUAUAUGUUAAGUUUCAAGAGAACUGAAAUAGCUUUUUUUGUGCACUCAUGUUAUUAGUGCUAAUUGUAAGACCCAACACCUGAAAGCAUGAUUGCUGUUGCCAGCAGGAGGUUGUAACACAUAGAAGCACUUGACUUCCUUUGAGCUACCCCCUCCUGUGCUACAGUGUUCAACAUAAAGCUUCUAAAGCCAAUUCUAGGUUUCUGCAAGUUAUUCUAAUGUCUUUAUGAACUUUUCUCCUCUGUCGAUACAUAGCUAUGUUUGUUUUGCAAAAGGCUUUAAUCUGAUGUGAAAAGGUAGUAUCAUAUAUACAAAGUAGUUUGUAAAAUAUGUGUAUACAUGACCUGUCUUCUCUUCUAGCUGCAGGCCGUGUCCAGUUGGAUAGCAGACCUACAUUAACCACCGCAGAUGGAAAUCAGAAUAUCACAGAAGUAGAUGCACUUGAUAUAAGACAAACACUUGAUCCUGCAGCACAAUACAAAAUGAACCAUCAGAGAAGAGGAGUUGCAUUAAUCUUCAAUCACGAGCACUUUUUUUGGCAUUUGAGGCUGCCAGACAGACGUGGGACUCUUGCAGACAGAAACAAUCUGAAAAUCAGUUUGACAGACCUUGGAUUUGAAGUCAGACAUUUUGAUGAUCUGAAAGCAGAAGAUGUGCUGCAGAAAAUUUAUGAAGCCUCUAAGGAUGACCACAGCAAUGCUGACUGCUUUGUUUGUGUGUUCCUGAGUCAUGGUGAGAAUGAUCACGUUUAUGCAUAUGAUGCCCAAAUCAAGAUUGACACAAUCACAGACAUGUUCAGAGGAGACAAGUGCCAGAGUCUGGUAGGAAAGCCAAAGAUAUUUAUCAUUCAGGCGUGUCGAGGCGAUAAACAUGACGAUCCAGUUAUUGCUCAGGAUUCAAUAGAUGGUAGCAAUGAAUCCAUUGUCAAUGAGACUGAAGUGGAUGCAGCUGGUGUCUACACCCUACCUGCUGGUGCAGACUUUAUCAUGUGCUACUCUGUGGCGCAAGGUUAUUUUUCUCAUCGUGAAACUGUGAACGGCUCCUGGUACAUUCAAGAUCUGUGCGAGGCGCUUAGGAAGCAUGGCUCGUCCUUGGAGUUCACAGAACUUCUUACUGUCGUUAACAGGAAAGUAUCUUAUCGCAAAGUGGAUAUAUGCAGAAACAUUAAUGCUAUAGGAAAAAAACAGAUUCCCUGUUUUGCCUCAAUGUUAACUAAAAAACUGUAUUUUCAUCCAAAAUCUAAGUAGAUUGUUAUUUAACAAUGACAACCAUUAAAUAAUACUCACUAUAGAAGUGAAAAACACACUGUCUUAGCUCAGGAGACUAAUACUGUACGAGAAUGUUUGCAAAAGCACUGGGAUCAUAUGUUAGAGUUUGCAUACAUAAUAGUUUCUAAAAUCUUAAAGCAAUCUUAAAGCUGGUGUUACAGCUCUCUUCAGCUCAGGGAAUUUGGGAAAAGCUGACUGGUGCAAAGCUAUUAAGAGGUGCUCAGAUUUUAUUGAAAUUGGUACUCUACAUUGCUUUUUUUCCUUCAAAGUUUUUUGCUUGCUUGCCAUCGAACCAUGGCACAUUUUACUGUUUCCAAAACAUUUAAAAUGUUGCAUUAUAUUAGCCUUUCUUGCUCCAAGGGCAUAGUUUACAGGGAAUAUGUUUGUAGGGCAUCUUUUUCAAUCUGUGGACAGUGAUAUUGACCUUCCAAUUCUUGUGGAUUUCUACUUUUUAGACAUCUUUUAAUUUUCUUUCAACACUAAAAAGGAACUUAAUUCCUUAAGUGCAAUUGUAGCAUUAAUAUAGAUAAAGGGCUUCUUUUUGCUUGCACAUCAUGUACGUUCAGGGCACAGUGAAGGCUUGCUGGUGCUCUGCAUCCUCAGGAAAAAAGCAAGCAGUAGUGCACCGAGACUGCGUACAGCUUGCUUAGCGUGACUUUGGGUGAGCUCGCCUCGCGCGCGUCUCCAAAGCUAAAGCAAACCAUUUCAAGGUUGCAGGCUCACGUACAGCUGCUGGACACCUCGAGGCAGCUCUGCCAAGUACAGCACAUGCAAACCUUCAUACUUCAGGCCCUGGUGUUGGAUCAGCCUCGUCUUCCCCUUGGCCCCGGAGGCGAUCAGCCAUACACUGUCAUGGUGUACGUAAAGGUGCUGGUGCGUUUGUCACCCCAGGAUGUUUCACCAUAGGAUUGUUACUACUGCAGCAUCAGUGAUUUCAAUGAUACUUACUAGAAGCAAGUAUUUCUUUUAUUUUUUUUUUUUACAUUAUUGGUAUGGUAUGUGCGCUUAACUCUGGGGACAGUGGAGAACUCAAGCUGAGAAAAGUGUCUUAAUCCCCUUUCCUGGGUAUAAAAGAAUUAAUUUACUGGCUCUGCUUUAGUUAAAUGUUUUCAUAUACUAUGUUACGAGUCACAGAUGUUAAAUCUUACGAUGGCUACUUUUAACUUUUGUAUAAA